AUGACUGAGGGAACCGGCAAGCGAAAGCUCCCCUUUUUCCGCUCCUCCUCCCGCCCAAUUGCCAACCGGCGCAAGUCCACCGUCCACACCCACCGUUUGAUUCGGGCCUUCUUAUACCUGAUCGCUUGGAUCUUUUUGGUCCUGGUGGUAAUAGGCAAUAUUUCAAACAAGCCCGUUAUCCGCAGUACCUACUUCCUCUAUCUCGACCUCUCCAACAUUAUUCCAGUAUCCGUGCCCAAUGCCGUUCUGAUCAAUUCCAUCGCCCAGUCCAUUGGAUUGCACGAUUUCUAUACUGUGGGACUAUGGAACUUCUGUGAGGGAUACCUGGGGCAGGGAAUCACCCACUGCUCUAAGCCCGAGACUCUCUAUGCCUUCAACCCGGUCGACAUCAUUCUCAAUGAGUUGCUAUCUGGCGCAAGUAUCGCUCUGCCAUCUGAUAUCCAACAGCCGCUGAAUCUGGCGCGUGUCGCUUCCCACUGGAUGUUCGGCCUCCUCUUAGCUGCCGCGGUCCUCAACUUCGUCAUGAUCUUUGUAGGUCCAUUGGCAGUUUCCUCGCGCCACCCUCAGACUAUCAAGUACUGGGCCGCAGCGCACAAUUCAGCCAACGGCAACGGGGAACACGUACCUGCCGGAAAACCCCCGCACAAGCGUCGCACCUUCAUCUGGCUGCGCGCCUUGCCCCUGCUGAUCCUGACCUUCUUCACUGCGCUGGUCACAAUCGUUGGCUCGGCCGUUGCGACAGUUAUGUUCGUUAUUUUCGCGAAUGUCUUCUCCAACGCCGACCAAAGCAUCAACAUCGAGGCGCACGUGGGAACCCAGAUGCUCGUCUUCAUGUGGAUCGCAUCCGCCUUCAGCUUGCUGGCAUUCAUCCUCCAAAUCGGAUCUUGCUGUGCUGCCUGUUGCCGCGGCCGCAAGGCCCGCAAGCAGCUCAAGUCGCAAGGUGUGAACUGGCACGAGAAGGGAUCCAUGCACACCAGCGGAUCCGACGCCACACCCGCGGAGCACCGCGCCGUCUCUUCCGGCACUGACGUCCGCUCGAACGGAAAUCAGCCCCAAGCCCAGGCACCGGCACCGGCAUACAACGAGCAUGACGUUAGCCCAAUCGAGCCGAGUCACGACCACACAUUUUCGAACCAACACACCGAUGGAAACACUUUCUCUGAACACCACGCCUACUCGACUGAGCCUCACGCUAUGUCGAAGUAA